AGUAGUAUUGAUAAAAUAAAACGUGGGCUGUGGGUAUGAUUUCAGUAGACUGACAUGCGUUGACCUUGUUACAUGUGAAAGUCAUUUUUUUAAAUUCUGCCCAACAACACACAGUUGCUGGACUCAGAAAAUGCAUGGACUGUAAUUAAAAUACAAAAUUGAAAAGAAAUAGGGAUUUUUGUGACAUCCAAGUCUGACGAUACGUUACACUCCGACUCUACUCUUCCAGACUUGGCUCAGCUCAGCUGUACUUAGGUUCAUCUACAAUUUGAGCUGAAGCUAACAUUGACUGCAGCUUCUGGAUGUUAAGCUGCAGUCAUUUUACAGGGCACCAGAUCCUUGAUAAUUAUAGGCGAUGAUGGAGAUUUAGUUUGAAAGCACCUGCCACCUCAGUCUCUCUCUCUCUCUCUCUUACUCUCACAUAAAGGCUCACAAAGCCAAUUGACUCCCCGUCUCCUCCAAACUCUCCCUCCCCUCCCCAGUUAUGUUGGUCUAUAACAGUGCUUUCAUCUCAGACCUGCAGAGAACAGCAGCCCAUCACUGACCCACGCUUCCUUUACAGAGACGAGAGAGGAACACUGCAGUGGCAAACAGACACAACACAGAUGAUACUGGAACCAGCAGCCAAUCACAGUCCAGACUGUGGGUCCGUGUGCAACGAGUCCGCAGCUCUGGAGGGCCAGGGGCCACCGGUGCUGCUCGACGCCUGGCUGGUCCCCACUUUCUUCGGCCUCAUCAUGCUGGUCGGCCUGGUCGGGAACUCGCUGGUCAUCCAUGUGGUCACCAAGCACCAGCAGAUGAAGACCGUCACCAACUUUUACAUAGUAAACCUGGCCACGACCGACAUCUUCUUUCUGAUCUGCUGCGUUCCCUUCACUGCCACACUGUACCCACUGCCCAGCUGGAUCUUUGGAGAGUUUAUGUGCCGACUGGUGAACUACCUUCAGCAAGUGACUGCUCAGGCAACAUGUAUCACUCUGUCAGCUAUGAGUGUGGACCGCUGCUACGUGACCGUCUAUCCUCUGCAGUCACUGCGACACCGCACCCCACGCAUGGCUCUGGCCAUCUCUGUGUCUAUCUGGAUAGGCUCCUUGCUUCUGUCGAUCCCAGUAGCCAUGUACCAGCGUCUGGAGGCAGGAUACUGGUUUGGUCCUCAGACGUACUGCAGUGAGGUAUUCCCCUCGGCCCGCCUCCAAAGAGCCUUCAUCAUCUACAGCUUCCUGGCUGUCUACCUGCUGCCUCUUCUCACUAUAACCGCCUGUUACGCCUACAUGCUCAAGCGCAUGGGGCAAUCGAGUGUGAAUCCCAUCGACAGCAGCUACCAACUUCAGGCUCAUGCAGAGCGAGCAGCAGCAGUGCGGGCGCGAGUCUCCCGGAUGGUGGCGGUGAUGGUGGCCCUAUUCCUCAUCUGCUGGGGCCCCAUCCAGGUUUGCAUCCUCCUGCAAGCUUUUGGCCUCCGCAGUUACGUCCUAUACAAGCUGAAGAUUUGGGGUCACUGCAUGUCUUACUCCAACUCUUCCGUCAACCCGCUGGUUUACGCCUUCAUGGGCAACAACUUCAGAAAGGCCUUCAAGCACGCCUUCCCCGCCAUAUAUCUGUGGCGCACGAGGGCGAGAGUCAGGGUGGGAAACAUGGACGCAGAGGAUGGGGGAGAGACGGAUUGCCAGGAACCCAAGGGAGAAGCAGAGAUGCAAUUUCUUUCAUCUGGGUCCUAAAGGUCAUGCUGGGCAUUUGGACACUGUGCGCUCAUUGUUUAUUUAUAGUUUGUUCUGGAGAUGAGAGCAGUCUGCUCUCGUUCUCUCUCUCUCUCUCUCUCUCUCUCUCUCUCUCUCUCAACACACACACACACACACACAAUGAGGAGCAAAACCUGCCUCUUAAAAGGAUAAACCAAUCCAAUCACGAGCCUCUCGUGACCCUCACAAGCUGCAGAAACACAAUUAUCUUUGUCACAUUUUUUUCUGUACUGAUGCAAUCAGUUUGCUGGAGCUCCUGGUUGUAUCUUCACAAUUUCAAGAAAAGUGUGUAGGACAAGUGUUCUGGGUUAAACACAUUUUCCAAACAAUACAAAUUCUGCUUGGUCUGUUCUGUUUUCAAUGGUUCACUGUUAUCUCCUGUUUCUUUUCUUUUUUCUUUUUCCAGUGUGUCCUGUUUUUGUGUUUGAGUAACAGCAGGUUUCACUGCACUGAAUUGUUUAUUUUGGGACCAUUAGUGGAGCUUUAUCUUUGGCUACAGUUUCUAGUUAUUCUAGUAAAACAGUUCUGGUUAAAUUCAACAUUUGUAGCAACAGCAUCCUUUGUGAACAGCCAUCUUGAAAAGAGUGGAACAACAUGCACAUACAUUCACUUUUCACUGUUUCUAGCAAAUUGUUUCCUUAUUUUAUUGUCUAAUGCUGUGCUGAUCUGUCCUCAGUGGGAGUGGGAUAGGAUACAGUCAAUUUUCCUCUAAAGCCCCAAAACAUGCUUCUUUGUCUGUGAGUCUGCAUUAUGCAGAUAAUGUUAAUGUGUGCAGUAGGAAGCAGUGUUGCAUUUACACCCUAGAAUAUACAUGGAAUAAAAGAAUUCAUUAAAAUUAAAUCAGAGAAUAAGUGAUUUCACUUUUUGACCAUCACUGAUUUGAAAUGUUCAAAUCCCUGCAGGGCCCAUUGAUUAACUGAGAUAUUGUAAAAAGAACAGCCAAAUGUUAUUACUAUUGUAUUUUCCCAAACAUAGGCUGCUUGUAAAAGAAAGAAAGUUUUAGAUAAAGGGAAAAUAUAAACAACUUACAUUAUAGUCUAAACAGGUGCAUCUGCUGCAGGGUUUCAUCCCUUCACUACAGUUAUUUGUAAUACAGUGACAUUAGUCUUGGUUCAAUAAACAUUCUUUAGUGAUACUACAUUGCUUACUGUGAUAUUAAUAGUUGACAAUGUAAAGCUGCUUUGCACUAAAAGUGUUCGUCUGUCUGACUCGUUUGUGUCUCGCGUGCGAUCACAUUUGUGUGGCGUGACAGUGGAGCCAAUCAGUCCAGAGCUAAAUUUAUGGUCACCAAUGACAGCCGUUUACCUAACAGACAAGUCCCAGCCAAUGGGGUGGCUGGCUGACAAUGUGGGCCUUGUGAUGCAGAAAACAUUUACAAAACAUAGUAGAGUGCACAUAAACAGUGUAACAUGUGACAACCUUUUAUUUACUGUCAAUGGUGACACCCCAACAUGUGCAACAUGUGACAACCCAAGCCUGGAUUAUCAACUGAGAAAGUGAACAGCUGUGAAUAGUGAAGGUAUACCCAUGUGAACAUAAUUGAAACAGGUUUUUCUUGCUGUAAUCAUGUCACUUUGGACACGCCCACUUGAUUUAUCUAACCCAGACUGCUGAAUCUGAGUUGCUCCAGAUAAACUUUGAUGUUAUUUUUGCACAUAACAAAGGCUGGUGGCCGUAACCUAGGUUAUGGUCUCUGUCUUAUUGUUGUGUAGCAGCCCUGACACUGCUCAUGUCCCACAAGAAUUCCUCCCUAUGUGUAAACUUG